AUGGCAAGUAAUUAUAAUCCGGAAUGGGAAGAACGAAUAAAGCGCGCACAGGAUUUAUUACGUAGACGUGAACUCGAAUUGAGUCGACUAAACGAAACAGAGCAAAAGAUUAUCAGACAAGAGUUAACUAAAUUUAAGCAGUUGGAAUCUGACCUUCAAACUUUAAAUCCACAAGAUCAAGAGCAGGUAAAUGAUCUUGAAAGAGAAGUUCGAGAAACGCAAAAGGAGAUGAACGAUGUCGAACAAGAACUCGAGCAACUACAAGAACAACUGGACGAACUUCUUGCUCAAUUAGAAAUAAUCGAAAGAGAUCUUAAACAAGUGACAGACGAACUGAUCGAACUUACCGAAAAACUUAAACGUGUUCAAGAAGAAUUAGAAAAACUUCGUCAGCAGGAACAGGAGCUUAUCAAGAAUUAUGACAAAUGGCAAGAAGUGCUUGCUGAACAACAAGAAAUGUUCAAUGAAGAAGAAAAGAAAUUGAACGAUCUUCAGCAACAACUCAUUAUUUUGGAAAAUGAUCAACGAUUGUUAGAACAACGAAGAGAUGAACUCAUUGAGAUAUUGAGAAAAGCUGAAGAAGAAUGUGUGGCUUUAGAACGAGAACUAGCGAAGAUUGAUGCUGAACGAGUUCAACUAGAACAAGAAAGAGAAGCCUUAGAAGUACAGCUGACUGAACUCCAACGAGUCGUGCAGGAAUUGACUGAAAAAAUACGUAAAACUCAACAAGAAUUAGCUCAACAUGAACAAGAAUUGAAGGAGCAAAAUGAGCGUAGCCAACAGCUGGAACAAGCUAUUCAACGAAUCGAAAAUGAAAUACAACGUUUAGAAGAAUCAAUUCAACGUCUUGAAGAGAUGAUGAAAGAGAUCGAAAAUAGAGAACGCGAAGCGAUCAAACAAAUUGAACAGAAAAAUCAAGAAAAACAAGCAGCUGAAGAAUUGUUUUCGCAUCCAGCUGUUUCAGUACCUCUUCCAACAAGUCUUUACUAUUCUAAGCUCAUUCAACUGGUGUAUGACAACCAUGGAAUGAUAAAACUGUCAUGUGUUACUAGCAAUGUUCGCCUUAAUGAUAUCCUGGACACAGAUUCGACCUUUCCUGGAACGGAACUCGAUACAUUUCUUAUGACUUCCGAUCAUGAAUCAGUGUUUACCUUUCUCAAGGUCACUAACAAUGAGAAUACGAUUGAACGUGAUCGUCUCGAAAAACUUCGUUCAGAGUACGAAAAGAUCAAAAGUACGCUGUCAGCUACUACCUCGGUACCCAAUAUACACGAUCAACUUCAACAACUUGCUCAAGUGUUCAAACUCGCCGACGACGAAACAAAUCUUGAGCAUUUGAAACUAUGUGUUACG